AUGUACAUGAUAUUUAAAGCUAUACCAUACGCUACUCCACCUGUAGGUGCUCUCAGAUUUAGAAGAACCCUACCCAUCGACUACACACAACACCGGGUCAUAAAUGGGACCCAAUUUGCGAGUAAAUGCCCUCAAGUGCCCACUAUAUUGAACCCCAAUGAGGAUUGUCUAUACCUUAACAUAUGGACCCCGACACUGUCCACCUCAGCCAACCUACCAGUGAUGCUCUACAUUCACGGAGGGUUUCUCACAUACCUGUCCUCUAAUGACUACGAGAGCCCCCAACUGGCCGCUCACGACGUGAUUGUCGUUACGAUUAAUUACAGGUUAGGAGUGUUUGGGUUUCUCUGUACUGAUAGACAGGAUGUAUCCGGAAAUGUGGGGCUCUGGGAUCAGGUGCUGGCCAUGGAGUGGGUUAAGAAAUAUAUUCAUAUAUUUGGUGGUAAUCCCAAUGAUCUGACAGUUUUUGGUCAAAGUGGUGGCAGUGAGUCCAUAAGCGCUCAUAUAUUAUCUAAUGUUUCCAAUGGAUACUUCAGUAAAGCUAUAUUGGAGUCAGCAUCAUGCCUUUCCAACGUGCAAAUGAGAUCCCGUUCCUACGCCACACGUGUUGCCCAUAGGUUUGCCUCAUUCAUGAACUGCGACCCAACCCACGACUACAUCCAAUGCCUGCAAAACAAAUCGGUUGCUGAGUUAAUCAUAGGCCAGAGCGCCGGUAUCCUGUGGAACGUCAACACACCGGAUGCCGCCCCACAAGCCCUGACCGCCUUUUUCCCAUUUUAUCUGUGCUUUGGUAAUGAAAUUAUACCCAAAAAUCCCAAUCAAUUACUACAAACGGGAAACUUUCGCCAAGACUUACGGGUGCUGUUGGGCCACCAGACUAUUGAGGGGGCGUUCCUGGGUAUGGUCAUCGACAUAGUGUACGCGCUGUUUGGGAGGUAUAACCCGUCCGUCCCCUUCGUAUACGUUGAGAGACAACAAGUGUUUAAUAAUAUACAGAAUAUUCUGACAAAUAAGACAUUUAAUAGUAUUGCCGCUCAAGAAUACACACAAACCUUUGCACCGGUAUAUAACGCGAGGGAUACGAGUCGACUACGGGGGGCUGGUAUGCACGCGAUUGGGGAUUACGGGUUGACCUGUGGAGUGGUAUUAUUCGGGUACUAUUUGGCCAAGUAUUCAAAUUUUAACGUAACUGUGCACCAAUAUUAUCUGUCGUACGCUAACAGCCAGUCCCCCUGUUAUGGGAGUGUGUGGUGUAACGGCCCCACGCACUGGGAUGAGAUACCACUGGUGUUUGGGUUUCCGUAUUUUCAAUCAGGGUACAAUAGUGAUGAUAGAUAUUUGAGUGCUAUUAUGAUGGAUAUAUGGACUACUUUUGCUAAAACUGGUACUGUUCCCACAAUUAAUAAUAACCAGUGGUCACCCUACACACCAUUAAUGGUCGGUGAUAUCCAAGUAGAUUAG